UAGGAAGAAACGUGAAAGGAGAAAGCUUUGAGAUUUCAGACCCAAACCUUUUUCUUCUUCUUCUUGUUCCAAAUCGCCAUAGUAUACGAACAUGGAUUCUGAGGGAGUGUUAAUGCCGUGGGUCCAUGAACAUCUUAUGAUGCCUUGUAAUGAUCUAAGGAAAGGUGAUUGCUGUGGACUCUUGUUGCAAGAAGCUAUCAGUGAUGGCUACUAUUGCAAAAGCUGCGACUUUUACGUCCACAAGAAAUGUGUCGAUGAGCCCUCUGAAUAUGUCAAACACCCAUCUCACCCGGAACACACUCUUCAGCUUCUAAGUACUAAAGGACCAAGUAGAUACUGCGAUUUAUGUGGAAGGAGCAUCAGUGACCUGUUCUAUCAUUGUGAGAUCUGUGACUUCGACGUGGAUCUAUACUGCGCCAAGUACCCACCACCAGAGGUCAUUGACAUUUCCGAGACGCAUCACCACAAGCUUACCCUUCACAAGGAACAGAGCAAGUUCAGAUGUGAUGCUAAAUGUGGGAAGACUGGAGCUGAGUUUCCUUACGUAUGUUUGGAGUGUGAGUUAGCUUUCCAUGAAGGUUGCGUAUCGAGGCCAUCUGAGUUUAAAAAACACCCGUCAGAGGUAAACCAUUCGUACCACCCUUUACACCCUCUUAAGCUCUUCACAGGUCAGUCACCGGACUAUUCUGAUGGAAAAUGUCGUCUUUGCACAAGAAAGAUUGAUGAUAGGUUGUUUUAUCAUUGCUCUCCGUGCAACUUCUCCUUGGAUAUGCGUUGUGUUUUAAACCCACCACAACAGUCUCUUCUGAAUUUGAAAGCUCAUGACCACCAACUCACCCUUCUCCCAAGACUCUUUUCGUUUACAUGUAAUGCUUGUGGACUGAACGGAGAUAGAAGCCCUUACAUUUGUGUUCAAUGUGACUUCAUGAUUCACCAAGACUGUCUUGACUUACCGCGCCUCAUCAACAUUAAUCGGCAUGAUCACCGUGUCUCUCGAGUUUCUCUUCUUGGUGUUGUGAAUUCUGUGUGUAGAGUUUGUAGGAAGAAGGUGGACUGGACUUGUGGAGGUUUUUGUUGUGAGAGGUGUCCAGGCUACGUCGUUCAUUCGAAAUGUGCUACUACGAAAGAUGUGUGGAAUGGGAAAGAACUCGAAGGAGUACCUGAAGAAACAGAGGAUAUAGAGCCAUACGUAAUAAUAGAUGACAACAUAAUACAACAUUUUAGCCACAAAGAGCAUCACCUAAGACUCCACGUUAAUGGUGUUCUUUGUGACGACGACAACAAAUGGUGCCGCGCAUGCACCCAUCCAAUAUGUCUUCAGUCCUUCUAUGGUUGUAUGGAUUGUGACUUCAUUCUUCACCAAAACUGCGCUGGAUUUCCUAGAAUGAAAUGGCAUGUGUUACACAAUGAACGUCUUACUUUAGUUACAAACAAGGCUGAUUUAUUUGAGUGUGCUGCUUGUGGUAGAUAUUCCAAUGGUUUCAGAUACCAGCAUGGGGAUAAGACAUUCGAUGUUCGGUGCGGUUCAAUAUCUGAGCCAUUUUCCCAUCCAACUAGUCUUGAUCAUCCCUUAUAUUACAUUUCACAAGUUGGAGAGAUUAAGAGGUGCAAUGGCUGCAACGAGAAGGGUAAUGAUGUGCUUAGAUGCAUUGAAGAUGAUUGCAAAUUUGUCUUAUGCUUCAAAUGCGCCACUCUACCACAAGUGGUAAAGCAUAGAGUUGACGAUCAUCCUCUCUCAUUAUGCUAUGACGAAAAAGCAAGUGGUACAUAUUGGUGUGACAUUUGUGAAAAAGAAACCGAUCCAAAGAAAUGGUUCUACACAUGUAAAGAUCACCAGACUAGUUUGCAUACAAAGUGUGUGCUCGGAAACUUUUCAAAUCUCAUGCCAAGAAGCACAAUUGAAGAUAGAAAUGUAUCAUAUGAGGUGGUGCUCAAUAAUAGUGUAUCUCGUCCAUUUUGCAGCUCAUGUAAGUUGCAUUGCAUUUUUCCUGUCAUCCUGAAGAUGCUUGGAUCCUCAGAUGAAUAUUUUUGCUCUUUAGAAUGCCUGAAGCAAGAUGAGGUGGUUGAUUGCAACACAAUACUUCAUUCUCCACCAACACUGAGCUGGAUUUCUAAGGAAGAAACGACAUGUGCUAUACAAUGAGCAGUUUACUCUAGUUACAAACGAGGUUCAUUACUUUCGCUGCCUGUAGUAAAAUAAAUGUCUAAUGGUUAUUAGCACCAGCAUAGGGCGGUGCGGUUCAAUUUCUGAGCCAUUUGUCCGUCCAAGUCAUCCCCAUCGUCCAUUAUAUUACACUUCACCAGAUGAAGCAAAUAAGAUAAGCAAUGGCUGCAUUGAAUUAAAUUGUAGAUUUGUCAUAUAUAUGCUUAUA